AAUCUAUUGUUCCACAUUUGCACCAUCUGUUAUGCACAGCGAAAGUUAAGUUCAGUUCACUGGAAACCAAUCUUUGCUCCUCAUGGGAAGCUUAAACAACAACGGACCUAGAAUCUUUACAUCUCACCACCAAGCUGCAUCUUGCAAUCGUACCCAACAGAUCGGCGCCAUCCUCCUAGUCGCCGCCACCUUCUUCUUCACUCGCCUAUUUGACCAGUCAUUUCAUACCCGCAUUCCCUCCUCCUUCAACCACCACCUCACACCCCAAUCGCAGAGCCUUGUCCAUGUUACCGACGCCGGAUCUCUCUUCUGGCCUCAGCGAGGCUACGGGACCUACCUGUCUCUGAAGAUAUACGUCUACGAAGAGUACGAGAUUGACGGAUUGAAGGAGCUCCUUCGCGGCAGAGAGGGAAAAAUCUCUGCUGAUGCUUGCGUUAAGGGGCAGUGGGGCACUCAGGUUAAAAUUCAUAGGCUGCUUCUAAGAUCAAGAUUCAGAACUAGAAAGAAAGAGGAAGCUGAUUUAUUCUUUGUGCCCGCUUAUGUUAAAUGUGUUCGAAUGAUGGGGGGUCUUCAUGAUAAAGAAAUUAACCAGACUUAUGUUAAGGUUUUAAGUCAAAUGCCAUAUUUUAGGCGAUCUGGAGGCCGCGACCAUGUUCUUGUCUUCCCUAGUGGUGCAGGAGCUCACUUAUUUAGAUCAUGGGCAACAUACAUAAAUCGUUCCAUAAUUCUUACUCCUGAGGGGGAUCGGACUGAUAAGAGAGAUACAAGUGCUUUCAAUACAUGGAAAGAUAUCAUCAUUCCUGGCAAUGUUGAAGAUGGUAUGACCAAAAGAGGAGCAUCGAUGGUUCAACCUUUGCCAUUGUCAAAGAGGAAAUAUUUGGCAAAUUAUUUAGGUCGUGCACAAGGGAAAAUUGGCCGUCUUAAGUUAAUAGAGCUUGCAAAGCAAUAUCCAGAUAAGUUGGAAUCUCCAGAGUUGAAGUUUAGUGGCCCUGACAAGCUUGGAAGGAUGGAAUAUUUUCAACACCUGAGGAAUGCCAAAUUCUGCCUUGCUCCUCGUGGAGAGUCUUCUUGGACACUUCGCUUUUAUGAGUCCUUUUUUGUGGAGUGUGUCCCAGUCAUAUUAUCAGAUCAAGCAGAGUUACCUUUUCAAAAUGUAAUUGACUACACCUUUUUUUCAAUCAAGUGGCCAUCUGCUCGAAUAGGUCCUGAGCUUUUGGAUUACCUAGAAUCGAUACCAGAUGAAGAUGUAGAAAAGAUGAUCGCCAGAGGGAGACAAAUAAGGUGUUUAUGGGUAUAUGCCCCAGAAACUGAGUUUUGUUCUGCAAUGCAAGGAAUAAUGUGGGAACUGCAGAGAAAAGUAAGGCAAUUCCACCAAUCAGCUGAGACAUUCUGGUUGCACAAUCGAACUAUUGUGAACCUAAACUUGGUUGAAUUUUCUAGUUGGAAACCUCCCAUGCAUUUGCCAUGAUUUUUCUUGGAAAUACUUGUGCUUGCCUGUAUAUCUGGGUGCUUUGCAUCUUCAAUUUUUUUAUUUUGGCUGUAAGCUUAAUUAAUGCCUGUCUAGUGCCACUAAUUCACAGUUUGUAGAACAAGUUUCUUAAUUUUUAUAGGAAUUUAAUUUGUAAGUCAUGUAUAGGCAUCCAGUCUGGUUACAACUCCGAGAAAUUGUUAAUGAUCACACUGGUGGUUGUAUUUUUGCCAAAUUAUACAGUUGCAGAUUCAUCCCA